AAAACGGACGGCUCCAAGGGGAAGGAGAGCAGAUAGGCCGGCGAUAGCUUAAACCCGCCUCCGCCGCCUGCCCGCUGCUCCGCCGAUGGCGGCCGCCGCGGCGACCCGCCUCCUCCGCCUGGCCCCACGCCGCCUCCCGGCCCCACCCAAGGCGUGCCCGUUCCCCGCCCUCCCGCUGCAGCCGGCGACUCCGCUCGCCGCCACCUCGAGGUGGCGCCGCUUCUGCGCCGCUGCGCAGGCCUCGGCCUCGGCCCCGCCCCCGCCCCCGGCGGCCGCGGCGGUGGCGGCGGAGGGAACGGCGACCGGGGGGGAGGCGGUGGGGGAGUUCAGGCGGAGGACGCGGGUGGCGGACGUGAAGGGAGGGGAGGACGAGGGGUCCGCGUGGGUGGGGAGGCAGCUCGCCGUGCGCGGGUGGGUGCGCACCUGCCGCGCCCAGAGGACCGUCACCUUCGUCGAGGUUAAUGAUGGUUCUUGCUUGUCCAACAUGCAAUGUGUAUUGACUCCUGAUACAGAAGGUUAUGACCAGAUAGAUUCUAUCGCUACCGGGGCCUCUGUGUUAGUGGAAGGAAUCAUAGCAAGCAGCCAAGGUGGUAAGCAAAAAGUGGAGUUGAAGGUUUCAAAGAUCAUUGUGAUUGGGGAAAGUGAUCCGACAUCUUUCCCUAUACAAAAGAAGCGGGCGUCAAGAGAAUUUCUGAGAACUGUAGCCCAUCUCCGUCCUCGGACAAAUACUUUUGGCGCAGUAGCAAGAGUGAGAAAUGCUUUGGCAUAUGCAACACACAAAUUUUUUCAAGACAACGGAUUUGUUUGGGUAGCGAGCCCUAUUAUUACAGCAUCAGACUGUGAAGGAGCAGGGGAGCAGUUCUAUGUGACAACAUUGAUUUCAAAUAGUGCUGAAGGUGGUUCUCUAGUCAAGGAUAUUCCUUCUACUAAGGAUGGAAGGGUUGAUUGGUCACAGGACUUCUUCUGCAAACCAGCAUUUCUAACAGUGUCUGGACAACUGAAUGGUGAAACAUAUGCUACAGCUCUAUCAGAUAUUUACACUUUUGGUCCGACAUUUAGAGCUGAAAAUUCAAAUACUUCAAGACAUUUGGCUGAAUUUUGGAUGAUUGAGCCUGAACUUGCCUUUGCGGAUCUAAAUGAUGACAUGGCUUGUGCAAGUUCAUACCUCCAGUAUGUAGUGAAGUAUAUUCUAGAGAACUGCAAAGAAGAUAUGGAUUUCUUCAAUACAUGGAUUGAGAAAGGGAUCAUCGAUAGAUUAAAUGAUGUAGUUGAGAAAAACUUUGUUCACUUGUCAUAUUCUGAUGCUAUUGAGCUACUUGUUGGGUCCAAGAAGAAAUUUGAGUUCCCGGUCAAAUGGGGAUUGGAUCUGCAAAGUGAGCAUGAAAGGUAUAUCACAGAAGUUGCUUUUGGUGGGCGUCCGGUAAUUAUUAGAGAUUAUCCAAAGGAAAUCAAAGCUUUCUAUAUGCGACAAAAUGAUGAUGGAAAAACAGUUGCUGCAAUGGAUCUAUUGGUUCCACGGGUCGGUGAACUCAUUGGUGGAAGCCAAAGGGAAGAACGUCUUGAUUACCUUGAAGGUCGCUUGGAUGAGUUAAAUCUUAACAAAGAAAGCUACUGGUGGUACUUAGAUCUACGGCGAUAUGGAUCAGUUCCUCAUGCUGGUUUUGGACUUGGAUUUGAAAGACUUGUACAAUUUGCAACUGGAAUGGACAACAUUAGAGACACCAUUCCAUUCCCCCGGGUUCCUGGCUCCGCAGAGUUUUAGCAUUCCAAAAGUUGCUCACUGAUACUAUUUACAACAUUCUUUCCUGGGAUUGGGAUUUCAAGAAAAAUAUACGGUCUACUGUUUCAUUGUACAGAGUUUAGUUAAGCUAUUGCUUACAU